UGUGAGCCAAUUACCCCCCGGAAGUGACGCGCUGUCAGGGACGACGUGCUUCCGCUCCCGACUGUCGCCACCGCCGCCGCAGGGGGGACGGGUUUCUCUGGCCUGCCAACUCUGCUGCUCUGGAGGAUUCGUGCGUGACUGAUAAACAUCUGAUGAAGCCAUGACCAGGUGGGCACGAGUUACUACCACACAGAACAAAAGACCCUUCCCUGCAACAUCAUGGGAGGACAUGAAGACGGGGUCCUUUGAGGGAAAAAGCCAAAACCUACCAAAGAGUAAACAACUUGAAGCCGAUAGCCUGUCCCUUAAAAAUCAUGCACCCCAAGCAAAACACAAAAAGAAUAAAAAGAAAAAGGAGUAUUUAAAUGAAGAUGUGAAUGGAUUCAUGGAAUAUCUAAGACAAAAUUCACAGAUGGUUCGCAAUGGGGAGAUAAUAGCAGCAGACAGUCAGGAAGUCAGGGAAGAAAUUGCAGUUGCUUUAAAGAAAGAUAGUCGCCGGGAAGGAAGACGAUUAAAAAGACAAGCAGCAAAGAAAAAUGCAAUGGUAUGUUUCCAUUGUAGAAAACCUGGCCAUGGGAUUGCAGAUUGCCCAGCUGCCCUUGAGAAUCAAGAAAUGGGCACUGGAAUAUGUUACCGGUGUGGAUCCACAGAGCAUGAAAUAACCAAGUGCAAGGCUAAAGUAGACCCAGCUUUUGGUGAAUUUCCUUUUGCAAAAUGUUUUGUUUGUGGGGAAAUGGGACAUCUGUCCAGAUCCUGUCCUGAUAAUCCCAAAGGACUCUAUGCUGAUGGUGGUUGCUGCAGACUUUGUGGCUCUGUGGAACAUUUUAAGAAAGAUUGCCCCGAAAGUCAGAAUUCAGAUCGAAUGGUCACGGUUGGUCGCUGGGCAAAGGGAAUGAGUGCGGACUAUGAAGACAUUUUGGAUGUGCCUAAACCACAGAAACCCAAAACAAAGAUACCUAAAGUUGUUAAUUUUUGAUGAUUCGUGCUAUCGUUUGUUAGCACCUCAUUGUUAAACAUUCUGAACUGGGCCUACUUCAUAAGUUGGAGCUGGACUCUCCCUUGGAGUCCUGUAUUGUAGAUAUCAGUAUAAUCUAGGUGUGGUCAAAGCAGUUCCUGAGUUCUGUCCAUCAAGGAGCACUUCUACCAUUGUUUGGAGAAAAUCACUGAAAAAAAGUAUAAUGUGUUCAAAAUGGAUUUUCUAAAAGA